CUAUAUAACUUAUGUAUUUCUUCUUAUGAAUGCGCUCGCUCCAGGGAACAGGCGCGCUGGGUGCACGCGAGUGCAGCUGCGAGAACCAAAGCGUAAACAUGGGCAAGCCUGAUAAUGAUGGAGACCUGUCACACUCAUUAUACACACCCGAGCUGCUCCGGGCGUGUCAAAGGCUGCCCAAAAUCGAACUGCACGCGCACUUAAAUGGCAGCGUGCGGCCGCAGACAAUCAAGGACAUCCUGGAUGAGCGCUCCCGGGCGGGCGAGGCGCUGCCAGUCACGGAGCAGGAGCUCGCAGACAUCACAGUGGGUGGCGAGCGCUCCCUGCGCGACUGUUUCCGGCUGUUCGACGUCAUACACGCCGUCACCACCACGCACGCAGCCAUCAGCCGCAUCGCCGCCGAGGUGGUGCGCGACUUCGCGGCGGACCGUGUCGUGUAUCUGGAGCUGCGGACCACACCCAAGGCUCGUCCCGAGUACGGCAUGACCAAGGAGUCGUACACGCAGGCGGUACUGGACGGCAUAGACGCCGCCCUGGCGCAGCUGCGCGCCGCGCCACCGCGCGCGGCCUCGCAGCAGCAGCUGCUGCCUGCGGACGCGCCCGCUGCAGCAGCCGUGGCGCUGUCACCCGCGGCAGCGGGCUCAACCGCAUCGGCGGAGCCGGGGCGCCAGGCUGGAGCGGGGGCUGGAGCAGGAGGGCAAGGUGCGGGCGAGGUGGCUAGCCCCUCGCAUGCCCAGAUGGUUGCGGCCUCGGAGGGAGUCGUGCUGUCGCCGCGGGCCGCGCCGUCACACGCCUCGGCUGCGGGGGUUGACGUGGCUGCGUCGGUCAGCAGCGGGACAAGUGCGGCAGCAGCUGCAGGAGCAGGGGCAAAAGGGCCAGGGACUAUGGCAGAAUCAGGGCCAGGAGAGGACGUCAUCACUGUAAAACUGCUUCUGAGCAUCGACCGCAGGGAGGACGCCGCCGCGGCACUGGAGACGGUGCAGCUGGCGGCGCGCCUGCAGUCCCGCGGGGUGGUGGGCGUGGACCUGUCUGGAAACCCUUACGUGGGCGCCUGGAGCCAGUGGGAGGGCGCGCUGGGCGCCGCGCGGGCUGCGGGCCUGCGCGUGACGCUGCACGCGGGGGAGGUGGUGGCGCCGCAGGAGGUGGCGGCCAUGCUGGCGUGGCGGCCGGAACGGCUGGGGCACUGCUGCUGCCUGGAUGCGGAGCUGGCGGCGCAGCUCAAGUCCUCCGCCAUCCCGCUGGAGCUGUGCCUGACCAGCAACGUGCUGACGCAGUCCGUGCCCUCCUACCCCGAGCACCACUUCGCGGAGCUCUACGCGGCAGGCCACCCCGUGGUGCUGUGCACGGAUGACUCGGGGGUGUUCGGAACGACGCUGUCGCGUGAGUAUGCCAUCGCCGCCGCCGCCUUCAAGCUGCCAGUGUCUGCCCUGCACGAGCUGGCGCGCCAGGCGGUGGAGUACACGUUCGCCAGCGCGGCCGAGAAGGAGCGGCUGAGACGGCUCGUGGCCCGGGAGCUGGCAGAGCUGGAGGGGGGAUUGUAGAUACCAGCCCAAACUAAACCAAAACCAAUGCAAUAGAGGGAGCGGGUAGGGGGCGGCGGCGGUGGCAGCAGCGGAGAACGAUGACAUCACGUGGCGAUGAGAGUGCGUGUAGGGUACAGGGGUAUUAGAUGAUUGCAUGCAUGACGUUGAGGAGUGGCAGGAGCCUGGAGGAUGCAAUCCGGGUGCAAUGCGAGAGGGGGCGCGGCGUGCACCUGAGUGAAGGCUCCAUGGGAAUGUGGCGGCUGGGUGCAGGCGUGGAGUGCAGGCCAGCUGCCGGCAUGGCCCAUUUGCAGUUUUGCACAAUUGCAGCUUGUUGCAAGACGAGUUCCUGGGUCUGGAGGCGUUGACCUGGACUCAUGGAGUGUGAUCUAGGCGAAGACGCGAAGACGC